AUGAAUCAGAACGUCGUCGAUAACCUGGAUAUGGCCAGUAUGGGCUAUAAGCAGGCAUUCUCGCGUAAGUACAAUAAAUGGAGCAUGCUGGCGCUAGCGUUCAAUAUCUUGGGCACUUGGGCAACGUUUGCAUAUGACCUGGAUGGCGGCCUGACUGACGGCGGGCCGGUUAGUAUCCUCUGGGGCCUGUCCACUGUCACCUUUUGCAACCUUUGCAUCGCCGCCUCGUUGGGAGAGCUUUGCAGCAGCAUGCCCUCUGCACUGGGUCAGGCUUACUGGAUAUUCCGCCUCUGGGACUCUCCUUGGGGUCGCUUCCUCUCGUACCUAUGUGCAUGGAUAAACACGUUUGGCUGGUGGGCGGUCACGGCAUCGCAAGUCGCCUUCAUGACCAAUUUUGCAUUGGCGAUUAAGUCCAUGCUCGACAACAUGUGGUUAGGCGCUAGUGGCUGGUUACUGUUUGUUGUCUACCUUGGGAUCACGUUCUUGUUUACCAUCGCCAAUGCGGUAGCGGGUCGGAAGGACUAUGUUCUGCCGUGGUUAAACAACAUUAUCGGUAUUCAGUUUGGUGCGUUGCUCGUCGCCUUUUCACUGUCAAUGCUAAUCUCGACCGGCGUUCACUCGAAUCUACGAUACCAAAGAGCGUCAUUUGUCUUCGGCCAAUGGCUCAACCGAACCGGUUGGCCGGAUGGCGUUGUGUGGUUUACGGGUCUCCGUAUGGCCGCGUAUGGCCUAACUGCGUUUGACAGUGUCAUCCAUAUGGCGGAGGAGAUUCCAGCACCGCGAGUGAAUAUCCCGCGAGUGUUGUAUCUCGUCGUUAUCAUAAGCGCUACGACAGGAGGAAUCUUCAUGGUCGUCAGCUUGUUCUGUAUGCAGGACCUAAAUCAGGUCCUGGAUUCACCGACGGGUCUUCCAUUCACGACGCUGGUGACUUCAACGGUGGGAUCGGGUGGCGCGGUUGCGCUAAUGGUGUUGUUUGAGAUUAAUGGUUUGGGUCAAGGCAUCAGCAUAAUGACGGCGACCUCACGUCUCACGUGGGGCUUUUCUCGUGAUGGCGGCUUGCCGUGGAGCAAUUAUUUGUCACAUGUGGAUGCUUACUGGAAUGUGCCGCUGCGGGUGUUGUGGAUUGAAAGCCUGUUUAUCUCGCUGAUCGGAGUACUCUACCUUUUCAGCCAAAAAGCGCUUCAAGCUGUGGUAAGCGUCAGCACGAUCGCUCUAACAGUAUCAUACGGACUGCCGAUUGUAGUCUUGGUUCUCGUUGGUCGUGAUAAACUACCCUCUCGGAAAUUCGACCUUGGCGGCUGGGGAUAUUUGCUCAAUUCGGUCAGCAUCGUUUACUGUUGCAUCACCACCACCUUCUUCUUUUUCCCUAGCACACCGCAUCCGUCUGCGAGCGAGAUGAAUUACGCAAUUGCUGUUUUCGGCGUCAUGUUGGCGGCCUCAGUGAUCUUCUGGUUCAUGAAGGGCAAGGCGACAUAUUUGACAGCGGACAGAACCAUGCAGGAGAUUAUUCGUGCUCAAAACCUGCUGCCCAUGGCUGAACAGAGUCGUUCUGACCAGAUCCGAUUUUACAUCGAGACUGAUCGGUCAAGGCUGGCUGCAUCCCGCCUGAUGGCCUUGUGGGAUAUGGAUGCUGAGGGACAAUUAUAA